AGUAAGAGUCGACGCUCACAUACGGGUACCUGAACUAUACAAUACGUCACCGGCACAUGUUAUCAAAAUACCUUUGGCAACAAAGGAGCGGUGAUCAAACUGUGCGAUCUUCCGGUGAUAUUUCGGGAGGAAUUUUCCAUUAAAGCUCUUCAGAAAUUCAAAUUUAAAGAUAGGCGGUACUUGCUGCAUUCUACCCCUCAGAUCAAUAUGCGAGGGUAUUUAUCGUUGCUGUGUCUUGGCGCACACUUCGCCGCGUCCAGUGCGAUUUACAGGAGCGCCGUGAUUGGCGCAGAGCCGUACAAUGAGCCCGAACUACCUGGAGGAAGACAUCCCAACGACGACAAGCGAUAUACGAUCCAGCAACUAAACCUCGCUGCUAGACAUCGUAACGUGUAUUUCGACAGAGCUGGCGCCGACCCGUAUGGUAUUGGCAGUCCUAUCAUCUCCAGCAGGGGAAAGCGAUCCGUUCAACAGUACCCAUCGAUGCAGACUUAUCAAGGAUACAACCCUAACGUCAACCAAAAGAGGGAUUAUAUCGCGAAGCUUAACUACGCCGCCCGCCACAGAAAUGUGUAUCUUGAUAACGUCGGCGGCGACCCAUACGGUGGAAGCAGUCCGGUCAUCAACGCUCGAUCGCGGAUUCCCCAUCGCCAUGGGAGAUCCCUGGACCAGGAGAAGAAGAAAACUAUCAAGGCAAGACUGGGACUAUGUAAGGGAUGCUGUUGUUAAACUGGGUUUAUAGCAAUAAAUAUGGUUUUAAAUUCUA